AUCUUUCUCUCUCUUAUGGUUAUGGUUAUGUUAUUGUUAUGUAUGUACUUAUGCUUUGUCUAAUGGAGCUCUGUUAUGUAGUUGAACGAUGAUGAUGGUGAUGAUGAAGUAGCAGAGGAAUGAAUCUCCGUCAAUAUGAAGAGAAAAUUCUGUUUUUGAUUUAUAGCUGCAAGUGAAAUCUUCAUUUCUAACUUGGUGAGGAAGAAGGCACUUUGAAUCAACUAAUACACUAAGUGCUUCAAUUCCUUCUCCGAGACAGGUAGAGAAAGAAAGAAAGAGAGAGAAUUUACUUUCCCCUUUGAGCUUGUGUGUUCUUCAAAGGUUCUUUUGGGGGAGAUCGAUUUGAUUAUGGCACUAUCCUGCAAGGAUGCUAAAAUCGCGAUGGAUAAUGGUAAAUAUGUUCGUUACACGCCUGAGCAGGUUGAAGCCCUUGAGAGACUGUAUCAUGAGUGCCCUAAGCCUAGUUCCAUUCGCCGGCAGCAGCUCAUUCGUGAAUGUCCUAUUCUCUCCCAUAUCGAGCCCAAGCAAAUCAAAGUUUGGUUCCAGAAUCGAAGAUGCAGAGAGAAACAGAGAAAAGAGGCUUCACGGCUUCAAGGUGUUAAUCGAAAGCUGACUGCCAUGAACAAACUUCUGAUGGAAGAAAAUGAUAGGCUACAGAAGCAAGUUUCGCAGCUGGUGUAUGAAAAUGGCUACUUUCGCCAAAAUACCCAAAACGCGACACUUGCUUCCAAAGAUGCAAGUUCUGAUUCAGUGGUGACAAGUGGUCAACACCAUUUAACUCCUCAGCAUCCGCCAAGGGAUGCCAGUCCUGCAGGGCUUUUGUCCAUUGCAGAGGAGACUUUAGCAGAGUUUCUUUCAAAGGCCACUGGAACCGCUGUUGAGUGGGUCCAAAUGCCUGGAAUGAAGCCUGGUCCGGAUUCCAUAGGAAUCGUUGCUAUUUCUCAUGGUUGCACUGGUGUGGCAGCCAGAGCUUGCGGCUUGGUUGGCCUUGAGCCUACAAGAGUUGCAGAAAUCCUCAAAGACCGACCAUCAUGGAAUCGUGAUUGUCGGGCAGUGGAUGUUCUAAAUGUGCUUCCUACUGCCAAUGGUGGAACCAUUGAGUUGCUUUACAUGCAGCUCUAUGCGCCAACAACUUUGGCUCCUGCACGUGAUUUCUGGUUGCUGCGUUAUACAUCUGUUAUGGAAGAUGGAAGUCUCGUGGUCUGUGAAAGAUCCCUUAACAAUACCCAAAAUGGUCCAAAUAUGCCACCUGUUCAGAGUUUUGUUAGGGCAGAAAUGCUUUCUAGUGGCUAUCUUAUCAGGCCUUGUGAUGGAGGGGGGUCAAUGAUUCACGUUGUUGAUCAUUUGAAUCUGGAGGCAUGGAGUGUGCCAGAAGUUCUACGUCCACUAUACGAGUCAUCUGCAAUGCUUGCUCAAAAGACAACAAUGGCGGCUUUGAGGCAGUUGAGGCAGAUAGCUGAGGAGCUUUCUCAAUCAAAUGCCACCAAUUGGAGCAGAAGACCUGCGGCUCUGCGAGCACUUAGCCAGAGGUUGAGCAGGGGUUUCAAUGAGGCUCUUAAUGGGUUCACAGAUGAAGGUUGGUCUGUGAUGGGAAAUGAUGGCACAGAUGAUGUUACCAUCCUUGUGAAUUCCACUCCUGAUAAAUUGAUGAGCUUAAAUUUGACAUUUGCAAAUGGAUUUCAAUCUGUUAGCAAUACUGUCUUGUGUGCACGAGCUUCAAUGCUUUUGCAGAAUGUCCCCCCUGCAAUUCUUCUGAGAUUUUUGAGGGAGCACAGGUCAGAAUGGGCAGACAACAGUUUUGAUGCGUAUGCAGUUGCAGCAGUUAAACUUGGUCCUUCUAGCUUGCCUGGGACACGAGUAGGAAGUUUUGGGAAUCAAGUUAUACUUCCAUUGGCUCAUACUAUUGAGCAUGAAGAGCUGUUGGAGGUUAUCAAGUUGGAUGGCAUCGGCCAUUGUACUGAAGAGGCAAUGAUGCCUAGAGACUUGUUUCUUUUGCAAUUGUGCAGUGGAAUGGAUGAGAAUGCAGUUGGCACUAGCUCUGAACUCCUCUUUGCUCCCAUUGAUGCUUCUUUCGCCGAUGAUGCACCCCUUUUACCAUCAGGCUUUCGCAUUAUUCCUCUAGAUCCUGCCAAGGAAUCCUCAAGUCCAAAUCGUACUCUCGAUCUUGCUUCUUCCCUAGAGAUCGGGUCUGGAAAUAAAACGUCCAACAACUAUUCAACUGGCGGAGGAUGCACGCGAUCAGUGAUGACUAUAGCGUUUCAAUUUGCAUUUGAAAGCCACAUGCAGGAUCACGUUGCUUCUGUGGCUAGGCAAUAUGUGAGGAGCAUUAUUUCAUCUGUUCAAAGGGUUGCAUUAGCACUUUCGCCAUCCCAUGGCUCCAUUGGCGGUCUUCGAUCUCCGUUGGGAAGCCCUGAAGCAAAUACUCUUGCCCAGUGGAUCUCCCAGAGUUAUAGGUGCUAUUUGGGUGCUGAGUUACUAAAUGCUGGUGAUGAUGGAGAAGAUUCGGCUCUGAAAAUGGUUUGGAAUCACUGUGAUGCUAUUGUAUGCUGCUCGGCAAAGGCAUUACCUGUAUUUACUUUUGCGAAUCAAGCUGGUUUGGACAUGCUCGAGACAACUUUGGUUGCACUUCAGGACAUAACUCUAGAGAAAAUCUUUGAUGAUCAUGGAAGAAAAACUUUAUGUUCCGAGUUCCCCCAAAUAAUGCAACAGGGUUAUGCUUGUCUUGAAGGAGGAAUAUGUUUGUCGAGCAUGGGCAGGCCAAUUUCAUAUGAGAGAGCUGUAGCUUGGAAAGUACUGAAUGAAGACGACAAUCCUCAUUGCCUCUGUUUCAUGUUCGUGAAUUGGUCAUUUGUGUGAUUCUGGGUGGUGGUGUAAUGUUUGAAGACAACACACUAUUGCUUUUCUUUCUUACCUCUGCUUUUCCUUUGCUUUCUUCAGAAACUUGGUGAACAUUGUUGUAUGCUUUUCAUGACUUACAAAUCUAGUAUGCUCUAAACAUUAAUUAGCUUAUGUAAACUCUCAACUACAUUAUCUGCCUUUCUUUUGUCUAUAAAUCCUAUCUAUGGAGCAUCAAAAAGGAACACUUGUUAGGUUUUGAUC